UCAAAAAGUCGCAACUAAAUUAGUUGUAGUUAGAAGAAUUGUGUGACGUCAUUGGUUGCUUUGUCAUUGGUGUGCGAGGAGCUUUAUUACCAACUGAAGUGUCGUAUAGUUGGCUUUAGCUAGCAGCGGUAGUGCACGAAACGUGGUUGUGCUGACUUCUCAUUAAAUUUUAUUUCAAAUAUUCCAAUUACCGCCUUUGUUUUACAAUUAAGCACUAAUUAAACAUUUUAUAAUCUUGUUUGUCAGUAAUACAUCCACUGUUAUGGCAGAUAUUAAACCAAAUAUAAUGGAAAAUGGAAAUGACGAUACCCCAGAAGAUGGGCUUAGUGCUAAAGAGAUGAUUUCGGAUGGAAACGGUUUAACAUACGAUGACUUCAUCUUGCUUCCCGGUUACAUUGAUUUCCUAGCAGAGGAAGUUGAUUUAUCGUCACACUUAACAAAAAAACUAAUAUUAAAAGCGCCACUAGUAUCGUCACCUAUGGAUACAGUUACCGAAGCGGAUAUGGCAAUCGCCAUGGCUCUUUGUGGAGGUAUCGGUAUUAUUCAUCACAAUUGCACUCCGGAUUUUCAGGCGAACGAGAUAUUGAAAGUCAAGAAAUACAAACACGGUUUUAUACGGGAUCCGAUUGUGUUGUCGCCCGACAACACGGUGGGGGACAUUUUGCAUGUUAAAAAGACGCACGGUUUCUGCGGUACACCUAUUACAGAAAAUGGAAAGUUAGGUGGAAAGUUAGUGGGAAUUGUAACGUCACGUGAUAUUGACUUCUUAGAAGAUAACGAUAAAGCAAAUAUAAAAUUAGGAACAGUUAUGACUCCCUUUGACAAACUCAUAACGGCACAAUCCGGAGUAACGCUUACAGAGGCGAAUUCUAUUUUGGAAAAAAGCAAAAAAGGAAAAUUACCGAUUGUAAAUUCUCAAGGACAUUUGAUAGCUUUAAUUGCACGUACUGACUUGAAGAAAGCUCGGAAUUACCCUAUCGCGUCGAAAGACGAAAAUAAACAAUUAAUCGUCGGUGGAGCGAUAGGUACCAGAGAAGAGGAUAAAAUCAGAUUGCACUUACUAGCUCAAGCCGGUGUCGACGUUGUUAUUUUAGAUUCCUCACAGGGUAAUUCUAUAUAUCAGAUAAAUAUGAUUAAAUACAUUAAGAAGACAUAUCCCAAUUUACAAGUGAUUGGUGGAAAUGUUGUAACGAUUCAACAAGCGAAAAAUUUAAUAUACGCCGGAGUGGACGCGUUACGUGUUGGAAUGGGAAGUGGUAGUAUUUGCAUAACGCAGGAGGUGAUGGCGGUCGGCCGACCACAGGCGACAGCGGUUUACAAGGUUGCGGCGUACGCUCGGAGGUUUGGUGUCCCUGUAAUCGCGGACGGUGGCAUACAGUCGGUGGGUCACAUAAUAAAAGCAUUGUCGCUCGGCGCCUCGACCGUGAUGAUGGGUUCGUUAGUAGCUGGCACUUCUGAGGCACCGGGAGAAUAUUUCUUUGCCGAAGGUGUUCGGUUAAAGAAGUACAGAGGGAUGGGAAGCUUAGAAGCGAUGGAUAGAAAAGAUGCUCAAGGUUCAGCCAUGAACCGAUACUUUCACAAUCAAAGGGAUAAGUUGAAAGUUGCCCAAGGUGUAAGUGGCUCCAUCGUCGAUAAAGGUUCGAUUCUAAGGUUUGUACCGUACCUCCAAAGUGGAUUGAAGCACGGAUGUCAAGAUAUUGGGGCACGAUCUUUAUCAAUGUUGAGGGACAUGACUUAUAGUGGACAAUUAAAAUUUGAGAGAAGAUCGUAUUCGGCCCAAUUGGAAGGGAACGUUCAUGGUUUAUUUUCUUACGAAAAACCAUGAUUUUCAAUGAAAUCGGAAUCUUUUGCGCCACUUUCCAAUAUUCCUUACUGUCUACAAUGUCUUAAUGUUAUGUAAGUAAACAUUUAGCAUUAAUCUCCAUUGUAAUGUGGCCGACUUAAUUUUCUAUUUUGAUUUUUUUCAGAUUCCGUCACGCACCGAGUUUAUUUAAAUUGAGUAUUUUCUUUCAGUUGCACGUUGGAGAUGUAUAUUUAUGUUUAAAUCGAAAAGCGGUGGGUGGUUUUAUGUUUGAUUACUUAGUACCAUGUGAUAGAUACUUUGUGUAAUGUACUGAUUGUUAGGUGUUCGUUUCAUAAGCGUAUCAUGUGAGUGUGUUACACUUGUUUGUUCAUAUAGGACCAAACUAGGAUUAAAAAAGCAUUAGGUAUUUUACAAUCUGUGCCAAAUCAUUAUAUUUGUAUAUAUUGCACGUUUGAAAGUAUUGUUUGUAUUAACGGAACAGAUUUUAGUAUUUUGUGUUUUUGUUGUUUGAAUUUUGGUUGUAGAAAAUAUUUUUUAAUUGCUCACGAUAUUGUUCUAAACAUUCUCAAGUUUUUUUGGGUUGCAAGAUCACUAAACUGUAGAUUUAGAUGAAAAUUAAAAAAUAGUGUAUAACAAUGUAACUGUACCAUUAGUUUUUUUUAUAAAGUGACAUAUUUUCUGAUACAUGUAUUUUACUUUUGUUAAUGAAAGUGUAAAAGUGUAAUUUUGUACUAAAUGUGGAACUGGGUAUUUGAAGGAUUCUAUUAUUACAAGAUAUUACUGUUUUGUUUUUACAUAACUGAAGAUGUAUGAAAUAAACGUUAAUAUGUGAA